AUGACACAGGCGGGCCGAGCCAGCAAGCACCCUGAAGUCCUCGCACCUGAGAAGGAAGAGAGUCUUGUGGUGCAGCACACAUGGACUCCUGAAGACGUGCAAGAACGCCAACGGCAGCAACAGGAGCGGGAAGAACGCCAACGGCAGCAACAGGAGCGGGAAGAACGCCAACGGCAGCAACAGGAGCGGGAAGAACGCCAACGGCAGCAACAGGAGCGGGAAGAACGCCAACGGCAGCAACAGGAGCGGGAAGAACGCCAACGGCAGCAACAGGAGCGGGAAGAACGCCAACGGCAGCAACAGGAGCGGGAAGAACGCCAACGGCAGCAACAGGAGCGGGAAGAACGCCAACGGCAGCAACAGGAGCGGGAAGAACGCCAACGGCAGCAACAGGAGCGGGAAGAACGCCAACGGCAGCAACAGGAGCGGGAAGAACGCCAACGGCAGCAACAGGAGCGGGAAGAACAUCAACGAGAGGGGGCAGGAACAGGCAGAAUACAAACAGGAGCGGCACCAGCAACCUGUGGUGACCCCCACAGAGCCCCACCACCACCUACCACCCUCCGCCCCUCUGUAUACGACCGAGAGCUGCCAGCAGUAAGCGUCGAAGCUGUCGACGACGUAUUCAAUCCCCUCUACUCGCGUUGUUCUCGUAAACGGUGA